GCGCAGCCCGCGCGGAGCCGGCUCAGAGCGAGAAAAGCGAACCCAACCCGUCGGGGCCGCCGCUCCGGACCCGCAGCCACCGCCGCCUCCUCCCCCCGGAUCGGGUGUACUGUCCCAACCCGAAAGUCCAGUUCUGCGGCCCGGCAGCGGCGAGCGGGCGCGAUGACACAGGAGUACGACAACAAACGGCCAGUGUUGGUUCUUCAGAAUGAAGCACUUUAUCCACAGCGGCGGUCCUACACUAGUGAGGAUGAGGCCUGGAAAUCCUUCCUGGAAAACCCUCUCACUGCAGCCACCAAAGCGAUGAUGAGCAUCAAUGGAGACGAAGACAGCGCUGCUGCGCUGGGCCUGCUCUAUGACUACUACAAGGUUCCAAGAGAGAGAAGGUCAUCAACAGCAAAGCCAGAGGUGGAGCACCCCGAACCAGAUCACAGCAAAAGAAACAGCAUACCAAUUGUGACAGAGCAGCCCCUCAUUUCUGCUGGAGAAAACAGAGUGCAAGUACUGAAAAAUGUGCCGUUUAACAUUGUCCUUCCCCAUGGCAACCAGCUGGGCAUUGAUAAGAGAGGCCAUCUGACAGCUCCAGAUACAACAGUCACUGUCUCCAUAGCAACGAUGCCUACCCACUCCAUCAAGACAGAAACCCAGCCGCAUGGCUUUGCUGUGGGAAUCCCCCCAGCAGUGUAUCAUCCUGAGCCCACUGAGCGGGUGGUGGUUUUCGAUCGGAAUCUCAGUACUGACCAGUUCAGCUCUGGUGCUCAAGCCCCAAAUGCUCAAAGGCGAACUCCAGACUCGACCUUCUCAGAGACCUUCAAGGAAGGCGUUCAGGAGGUUUUCUUCCCCUCGGAUCUCAGUCUGCGGAUGCCUGGCAUGAAUUCAGAGGACUAUGUUUUUGACAGUGUUUCUGGGAACAACUUUGAAUAUACCCUAGAAGCUUCAAAAUCACUUCGACAGAAGCCGGGAGAUAGUACCAUGACAUACCUGAACAAAGGCCAGUUCUAUCCUAUCACCUUAAAGGAGGUGAGCAGCAAUGAAGGAAUCCAUCAUCCCAUCAGCAAAGUUCGAAGUGUGAUCAUGGUGGUUUUUGCUGAAGACAAAAGCAGAGAAGAUCAGUUAAGGCAUUGGAAGUACUGGCACUCCCGGCAGCACACUGCUAAACAAAGAUGCAUUGACAUAGCUGACUAUAAAGAAAGCUUCAACACUAUCAGUAACAUCGAGGAGAUUGCAUAUAACGCCAUUUCCUUCACGUGGGACAUCAACGAUGAAGCAAAGGUUUUCAUCUCUGUGAACUGCUUAAGCACAGACUUCUCUUCCCAGAAGGGAGUGAAGGGGUUGCCUCUUAACAUUCAAAUUGAUACCUAUAGUUACAACAACCGCAGCAACAAGCCUGUGCAUCGGGCCUACUGCCAGAUCAAGGUCUUCUGUGACAAGGGAGCUGAGCGGAAAAUCAGGGAUGAAGAACGAAAGCAAAGCAAAAGAAAAGGCAAGUGUCCUGACCCCAGCUCCCAGUUGAAUGCCUUUUCUGAUGUUAAAGUACCACUGCUUCCCUCUCACAAGCGACUGGAUAUCACGGUUUUCAAACCCUUCAUUGAUCUCGAUACUCAGCCUGUCCUCUUCAUUCCUGACGUGCACUUUGCCAACUUGCAGCGGGGCACUCAUGUCCUUCCCAUUGCCUCCGAAGAAUUGGAGAGUGAAGGCUCUGUCUUGAAAAGGGGGCCGUACGGCACAGAAGAUGACUUUGCUGUCCCUCCUUCUACCAAGCUGGCCCGUAUAGAAGAACCAAAGAGAGUGCUGCUCUACGUUCGAAAGGAGUCAGAAGAAGUCUUUGAUGCCCUGAUGCUCAAAACCCCAUCUUUGAAGGGCUUGAUGGAAGCUAUCUCAGACAAAUACGAUGUUCCCCAUGACAAGAUUGGGAAAAUAUUCAAGAAGUGUAAAAAGGGGAUCCUGGUGAACAUGGACGACAACAUUGUGAAGCAUUACUCCAAUGAGGACACCUUCCAGCUGCAGAUUGAAGAAGCUGGGGGGUCGUACAAGCUCACCCUGACUGAGAUCUAAAGGCCCGCAGGCCACAGCUCCCCAGGAGUUCAGUGCAGGUGUUUCUAGAUCUUAUGGUUUGGCAAGUGCAGGUAACCCCAGUCAGCCAUGUCGCCAGCACAGCUCUAUGUCAAGGGAAGGGGUUCCUUGCAGGUUGGAGGCGGGGCUGCAUCUGGCUUGGUGGUAGCAUUUAAUCUAUUGCAUUGGCGUUUUUCAGAUGAAAGAGAAAUCCAUAUACCAUUAUGUUUGAAUGUCCUGAUAUAUACAGGAUUUAAAGUGAAAACUUUAUUCCAAGAGUUAACAGAGUCUCUGGGAAGCUUUAGGACAUCUGCUACGUUAUUUAUCAAAAUAUUGGGAUAUCUGCCUUGUGCCUACAAUGUCGUGGGCCUGCUCGCUAGUGGAAGUCAGAAAAGGCGAUAGGCUUGGCUUUAAGAUUUCGUGCCCUUGCCUGAAUUCAGUACAACUCCACUGCCUCAGGUUAGUGGGAGCGCACCUGAAGAGUACAGGGGUGAGCCCUCUCUCCCUUAACCUCUCGUUCUCCACCAGAUGUUUACUAAACAGGGCAUGUUACUGAAAUCUUCCUUUGCGACUUUCUUGGACAUAUCAACUGCCUUUCUCAUGAAGAAUGUUAAUGGGUUACAGUAUGGAUUCAGUUCAGAUAAAGCUGCAUUGUAUAUAAGUGCAAUAUAUUUUUGAAGGUCUGUAAAUGUGUACAUACAUGUCUUAUAUAAAUAUAUAAUAUAUAAAUAUGGUGUCUGUGUACAUAUAGUGAAGAUAUGCAGUAAGAGCUACCUUAAAGACUUGCCCUAGACAAAGGUUAAGUUAUUUUUGAUGAUGUAUACCAAGCAGAUAGAAUACUGUGCUUAGUGAAACCCACUAAAAACCUUUUUCUCUGUUUUUCUAAACACAGUCAUUCUGUAGCAUAGCAAAACCUUCUCAAGUGACAGAGAUUCUGUUUGCUAUUGAGAAUGUUGUUAAUUGGAUUUCUGCACUGUUUAACAAAUGAAGUAAAAGAAAAACACUACUGCAAUCACGUCUUUUGUUAUGCUAGUAUCAGUCAGAUGCACUUAGAGUGAAGAAACACUGUAAUUACAGCACACAGAUUGCAAGUAUUGUGUACCAAGUGAUACAACUCGAAAUGGGGUUCUCAUCUUCCUGUUUUGAGAAAUGAUUGUUUUUUCACACAUCAGAGCCUUCGUGCUUUGAUUAUCUUGUAUGUUAACAAUUCUAGAAAACAUUCAUGAAUUUAUAAAAAUACGUUACUGUGGCAGGGGAACAUUUUGUACACAUUUAAAUAUAUAAAAAUACUAAAAUAUGGAAUUUUAUAACAAAGUCACGGGUAUCUUUAGGUUCAGGGAACUAGGCUAGGUCAUUCGUGUAAAUGGACUGGUAGUAACAGUCUUAGGUUAAAGUAUUCUAAUGACGUAUGGGAACUCAAUUGCUGGUUUUCUAAGAUAAGGUAUGGGAUAUGGGUCAUAUAACUGUUUUAUAUUUUUUAUGAAAUUGAUUUUGUCUUGUGUGUUAUUUUUAAUUGUAUCAUUGAAAAUGUAUUUUAAACCAAAGGGAUUAAAUUUUAUAUGUCUAUUUCGUAA